AUGUCUCAAUUAAAGGUCCUCAUCGUGGGUGCUUCCAUCGCGGGGCCAACGGCAGCGUACUGGUUCGCCAAAGCCGGGGCCAAUGUCACAGUGAUCGAGCGCUUCCCAGCUCUACGCACAAAUGGACACAACAUUGAUAUUCGGGUGGCCGGUGUGACUGUCAUGCGAAAGAUGCCAGGAAUGGAAGCUGCUGUUCGCGCCAAAAAAGCAGACAUAGAGGGCAUCAGCUUCGUCGACGCUGAGGGCCGAGCAUACGGAACUAUCAAACCAACCGGAAACCCUGAUAAGCAAUCACUCGUAUCUGAAUACGAGAUAGCACGAGGUGAUCUAUCCCGGAUUCUUUACGAUAUGACAAAAGACAACGAGAAUAUCAACUAUGUUUUUGGCGAACAAGUUGCCUCCAUCCAGCAAGGCCCCAGUGAAGAUGGGCCUGUCACAGUCGAAUUCACAGGCAGUUUGCCCCAGGCACAAUUUGACCUUGUCGUCGCAUGCGAUGGAGCGACCUCGCGAACUCGAUCUAUCGGCCUCGGCUGUGGUUCCCGCGAUCAUAUUGUUUCGACCAAUAGCUGGAUCUCAUUUUUCAGUACUGAUCAAGAUCUCGGCCAAAGAACCAAGAUCGGGGAAGCGCAUAGUGCUGUUGGGGGCCGUUUUAUGGCCGUGGGAGCUGACGCGGCGGGUGGAAGUCGCAUCUCGUUUAUGGGAUGCAAUCCACGCUCUGACAUGGAAAGCAUAUUGCCUUUUCGGAAGGCCAUGCAAAAGGGAGAAGAUGCGGUCAAGGACUAUAUCUGUCAGCAUUAUCAGGGCGUGGGAUGGGAGGCAAAUUUGGCUCUGAAAUGCAUGCUAUUGUCGAAUGAUUUCUAUGCGACUGAAUUGGUUCAGGUCAAACCCCCGGCUUUGUCCAAGGGUCGAUUUGUUCUUGUUGGGGAUGCAGGGUAUGCGCCGGGGCCUACUGGUACUGGUACAACCCUCGCCAUAGUCGGUGCCUAUUUGUUGGCUGGCGAGGUUUGUAAGCAUAAGGGGAAUUUUGAUGAGGCACUUGGGGGCUAUGAAGCGCAAAUGAGGCCGCUCAUCAAUGAUUUACAAAAGAUACCACCGUUGAUUCCUGCACUUCUUGCACCACAGUCAGCUUGGGGUUUAUGGCUGCGAAAUCAGGUUUUCGCUUUUAUUUGUUGGACCAGGAUUUUUGAACUCGUGGAAAUGUUCUUUGGUAGUGCAUCUGCCAGUAGUGACGAGUUUCCUCUCGCUGACUAUGAGUGGGUUGCAUGA